ACCUCUGUGGAAUCAAAAGCGCAUCCAUUACAAAACUCAAAAUCUGAUGCUGCGAAAUCAUCGAAAGAGAGAGAUUUCUUGAAUCAUCUCGAAGCCUACCUCACCAAGAGAGAUGGCGUCGACAAGCUCAUCAAGAUCUGCCGAUACGCUUCCAAAAUGAUCCUCGCUUCCUCGGUACUCCCCGAAACCCUCCCUCUGAGCCGUCGUCUCAAGAGCUUCGAAACGAGUGUCGCCGUUAGCCGUAAAGCCUUUAGAUUAGGUAAAUUCGUUCAAGACUUGAACGCUCUAAGGAACGCGAAUUUCGAUUCCAAUGAAGAGUUAAUCCUUUCCGUCCUCGCUUACGGGGGCGAGGGUUUGUAUUACUUCAUCGAGCAGUUCGUUUGGUUGGCCAAAACGGGUCUGAUCGACAGUAAGCAUUCGUCGAAGCUACAGAAAAUCAGCGCUUGGGCGGAGUUCAUCGGGUAUUUUGGUAGUAUUUCUUUGAAAACUAGGGAUCUGAAGAAGAUUAAUGAAGAAAAAGCUCGAUUAAAAAAUAGGAUCGAGAUUUCUGCGUUGAGGAGUGAAGAAUACAGCAAGGAAUCGGCAGAGAUGCGUAAAUUGAAGCUUAAGAUAUUAAUGAAGAAGCUCUCGAUUGUUCAAGAUUUCGCAGAUGGGUUGAUGUCGUUCUCAGAUAUGCGGCAAGGAAAUGGGUUGCUUUCAAGUCCACUUCUCUUAGCUUCUGCUGGGCUUCUUUCAGCUCUCAUUAGUACUCACAAGAACUGGUUGUCUUGUUAAACUGGUUCUCCAUUCACUGCUUUAGGCAUCAUUCUACUGGUAAUACUCAAUUCAUUGUUUUCGUGUUCUUAUUUUAAAAUCAAGAAGGAAGAAGAAUUUUCAGAAUUCAUAGAAGAAGAAAUCGAGAACUGUAGAUUGGGUUCUCCUGCAUUUGUGUUUCUUUUUCUUAUGAAUAAAAAGCCUCAAUCGGAUACAGGUUUUGUUCUUCA